UUUUCUUUUUCUCUUUCCCCACGUUUUGUACCCAAUUGUUUGUUUCGCUUUCUUUCACAAAUUACACUUUUUUUUCCCUUUUUUAUCAAUUCACCUAUUUUAUACCAAAGUUUAAGCAUGGGCACUUCCAGUAAGUUUAAGAAGCUACUUGACUUUAAGUGCCUUAAGAAACUUGACUAAAAUUUUGUUACAGAAGACGUAGAUAAUUCAUUGUUCUCUGAUGUAGAACAAAACCAACUACGCAUGUUUUUGGAUGGUUUAGAAAAAGAUACAAAAAUUUCCUCCUCCACGAAACCCACGCCUAUCCUUUUAUCAUCUCCUUACCAAAUACCUACUGAGACUCCCGUGAAAUCCUUUCAAAACAAUAUUCAUAUCAAUUCACUUUUAUCUAACAGUAAUAAUAUGAAAGCUCCAACGAAAAAAUACCCACAAAAACGUAUGUCGCCUUACUCACCUGCAUCUUCUUCUUCGGAUGAAUACCGCACCAAGAAAGUAACAAAGACUUCUAAAAAGACAUCUCAUGAACUGCUGAGUGAUGAUCAGAAGAAAGCAAAUCAUAUCGCAUCUGAACAAAAGCGCAGAGCCAAUAUCCGAAUAGGUUUUGAAAAACUUAUUGAUAUUGUACCCACUUUGAGUAGCGGGCAUCGAAGUGAGGCAUUAAUUUUACAAAAAUCCGUGGAGCACUUGAGACAGUUGGUUGAAUCAAAAACACAGUUAAAAGAAAGAGCACGUGAGCUACAGUUGAUGCUGGGUGACAUACCAGAUGAGGAUAGUUCUGAAGGGGAGAUCGAUUAUGAUUUUUAAUCUUAAUAUCAACUCUGUAAAUAUAUAUUCCCAUAAAUGCUUUCCAUAACUUAAUAAACCUUAUUCCAUCUCGUCUUAAACAAUUUAUUAUAAU